GCCCCGCCCAUCGUUGCGCUUCGUCGAAGUGAUCUUGUAACACCGGUAGCGCUCGGGAAGACUGCGAACCGGCUACAUUCAUGAAGCAGCGGGAGUUUGGGAAAAAACUAAAGGUUUCCUCUGUUGCCAUGGCUGUGUAGUUUUGUGCCAUCCGUCAUGGCCAUUGGAACACAGCUCUACCUGCUGCUGUGGAAAAACUUCACAUACCGCAGGAGAAACAAGGUCCAGCUUGUCGUCGAACUCCUGUGGCCGCUGUUCCUCUUCCUCAUCCUCAUCGCUGUCCGACAAUCGCACCCACCGUAUAAACAGAGCCAAUGUCAUUUUCCCAACAAAGCCCUUCCUUCAGCAGGCACGCUGGCAUGGGUUCAGGGCAUCGUCUGCAAUGUCAACAACCCCUGUUUUCAUCACCCCACAGCAGGAGAAACACCCGGGCGAGUGAGCAACUUUGAAAACUCCAUACUGUCUCGGCUUUUAGUGGAUAUCAGAACCGUCCUGACACUCAGUGGUAACCGGACAGUCCUCUCCAGCCUGCAGGACCUGUCACAGGCAAUCCAGAGACUCGGGGAAAGACCAGACGCUUGGCCAAAUCUACCCGUAAGAGAGUAUCUCAGAGCCAACGAAAGCUUCUCCUCCUUCCUGCGGACGAACACCAGCGUCCCCUCGGCCUCUGUUGAUCAGUUACUGAGGGCACGAUUGAACCUUCAAGUGGUUGCAUUAUCAGGUGAAGGAAUUCGUCUCUCAGACAUCGUCUGUAAUGGUUCCCUCUUGGGUCGUUACCUCACUGUCGACGAAAGAGAUUCUUUUCCCGAACUGCAAAGGGAGCUGUGUGCUGUGCCUUCAGAUGUUAUGCAGAAGGCCGAGCAGAUCUUCCUCUCACAGCUGGACUUCAGCAAGAUCCUCACGAGAGACAGACUACGGGCAAAUGCAGCUGAUCUUCAACUCAUCAGUCGCCUUGUUUCUUCUGUGUCUCGGGAACUAGCGUCAGUCAUGGAUGACGUCUCUUCUCUGUCCAGUUUCUCAGAGCUGAACUCGGAGAUGAGGCUACUGACACCUGAAAACCGCUCAGCAUUGCCCCGCGAGAGCUUUCGUGCCUUCUCCAGGAUCAUGUGCGGGCACCCAGAAGCUGGGGGAGAGAGAAUCCCUUCCUUCAACUGGUAUGAAGAUCAGGACAUCAAAUCUUUCCUGGGCAGAAAUGCAUCGGAGGAGACAGACCUUGAAAAAGACAACAGCACUACGCCGUUCUGUGAAAACCUGAUUCAAAGUCUGGAGUCGAACCCUCUCUCGCGGAUCGUGUGGCGAAGCAUCAAACCGCUGUUCAUCGGAAAGCUGCUCUACACACCAGACACACCAGUCACCCGUAUGGUCAUGUCAGAGGUCAACAAAACUUUUCAGGACUUCCAGAUUCUGAAUGACAUGCAGGAGGCGUGGCAGGAAGUGGGUCCCAGAAUUAAAACCUUCAUGGAGAGCGGUGUAGAGAUUCGGCUUCUGCAGGAUCUCCUGAGAAGGCCUGAGGUGGCGGUAGUUGUGAAUCUUCAACUUGAGCACACUUCUUGGACGGCCUCUCGCAUUUCCCGGUUCCUCUCGACGCCUGACCCAGAUACACCUCGUAGAGAUGGCGCUCCACCCACCUGGCUGGAUCUGUUUCAGGAUUUAAACACCACCUUCAGCGCUCUCUCAGAACUCACUAAGUGCUUCUCUCUGAAUAAACUGGAGGGUCUGGCCACGGAGGGUGAGAUGGUCGAACGAGCCCUGGAGCUGCUGGAAGAUCGGCAGUUUUGGGCCGGAAUUGUCUUCCUCCUUCCAGAGCCUUCGUCAUCCUCUCUGCCUCCCCAUGUCAAGUACAAGAUCCGCAUGGACAUAGACGAUGUAACCCGCACGAACAAGAUCAAAGACAAAUUUUGGGAUCCAGGCCCGGCUGCUGAACCGUUCAGUGACCUCCGUUAUGUUUGGGGCGGUUUUAUUUAUGUACAGGAUUUAGUUGAGAGAGCGGUGACACGUUUGCUCACCGGUAAAGAGCCAAACACGGGCAUAUACGUGCAACAGAUGCCCUACCCUUGCUUCGUUGAUGACGUGUUUAUACGCGUCCUGAAUCGUUCUCUGCCUCUGUUUAUGACACUGGCGUGGAUCUAUUCAGUGGCUAUGAUCAUAAAGGGUGUUGUCUAUGAGAAAGAGGCUCGUCUGAAGGAGACAAUGCGUAUCAUGGGUCUAAGUUCUGGGAUGCUGUGGCUCAGCUGGUUCAUCAGCAGUUACCUGCCCUUCCUGUUCAGCGCUGGACUGCUUAUCGCCGCCCUUAAGUGGGGUGACAUCUUACCCUACAGUGACCCGGCUGUUGUUUUCUUCUUCCUGGCUGCCUUUGCUACAGCCACCAUCAUGCUUUGCUUCCUCAUCAGCACGUUCUUCUCACGAGCUAACCUGGCAGCAGCGUGUGGAGGACUCAUUUACUUCACUCUUUACCUGCCGUAUGUGCUGUGCGUGGCCUGGAGGGAACAUCUGACCAGCACACACAGGAUCCUAGCGAGCUUCCUGUCUCCAGUGGCCUUUGGUUUUGGCUGUGAGUAUUUCUCUCAGUAUGAAGAGCAGGGUGUGGGGAUCCAGUGGUUCAACUUGAAAUCAAGCCCCAUGGAGGGAGACCACUACAACUUCACUAUCUCCAUCGUGAUGCUGUAUGCAGAUGCCGUCAUCUAUGCGCUGGCUACUUGGUACAUUGAAGCCGUUUUUCCAGGACAGUAUGGGAUCCCCAGGCCAUGGUACUUUAUCUUCCAGCUCAAUUACUGGGGCGGGGUACCAUUAGAGGUGGGCUUGCCUGUUCCUCCAGCACCUAGAGAUGAACCCGAUGAUCGGAUUGAAGCUGAACCGACAAACCUACUUUUGGGAGUUUCCAUAAGGAACUUGGUGAAGAUUUAUAAAAAAGGGGCCAAGCUUGCCGUCAAUCACCUUAACAUGAAGUUCUACGAGGGACAAAUUACAUCUUUUCUGGGUCAUAAUGGAGCCGGCAAGACGACUACUAUGUCCAUUCUAACAGGACUGUUUCCUCCCACUGCUGGUACAAUAUAUGUGAAAGGAAUGGACAUUCGCACAGAUAUGGACAUGAUCCGCAGGACUCUGGGAGUUUGUCCCCAGCACAAUGUCCUCUUUGACAUUCUGACGGUGGAGGAGCAUGUAUGGUUCUACGGUCGAAUGAAGGGCAUGAGCAUGGGAGAGGUGAAGAAGGAGAUAAACUCACUUCUUGAGGAUGUGGGCUUACAACACAAACGACAUGAGCAGACCAGAAACCUUUCAGGGGGCAUGCAAAGGAAACUCUCUGUUGCAAUCGCUUUCAUAGGGGGGUCAAAGGUUGUGGUCUUGGAUGAGCCCACAGCUGGUGUGGACCCCUACUCCCGCCGUGGGAUUUGGGACCUUCUGCUCAAGUAUCGUGAAGGCCGCACCAUCAUUCUGUCCACACAUUACAUGGAUGAGGCUGAUCUCCUCGGGGACCGCAUUGCAAUCAUUUCCCAGGGGAAGCUGUGCUGCUGUGGAACGCCACUCUUUCUCAAGGCACGUCUUGGUACUGGAUACUACCUUACGCUGGUCAAGAGAGAGAUGCAUAGUACGCCCAGCAGCACCAGCACCAAACUCCCUUUAACUGCAGUUUCCAAGGCAACAUUUCAAAAGAAGUCACAUGACAGCGAUUCUUCAGUAAGUGAUGACACAGGACUGGGCAGUGAAGAGAAUGGAUUUGAUGUUGCAGCCCUAAUGGCUCUUGCACAGCAGAACAUCCCUGAUGCUCAGCUGGUGGAGGACAUCGGCAGAGAGGCGGUCAUCAACGUGCCCCAUUCUGCCUCUGAGGACGGCAGUCUCGCUCUCUUUUUGAACGAACUGGACAAACGACAGGGCGAGUUCGGUGUGGUCAGUUACGGACUGUCAGACACCACGUUAGAAGAGAUAUUUUUACGUGUGGCAGAGGAGACAGGUGUAGAUGCAGAACCUGAGGAGCCAGCAGCAUCUCCAGUCCACCAGGGGCCAUCGUCUGAUGACAGAGACACAGGACGAAAACAGCCAAUCAGGAGAGAGGCCCAGGAGACAGAUCUGUUGAGUGGGGAUGGUCAGGGUGGCAGUGCUCCCCUAACAGGCUGCUUCCUCACAUGUCAGCAGCUUCGAGCGCUUUUCACCAAAAGACUGAAGUAUGCCCUUCGCAGUCGCAGAGGCAUUUUUGCUCAGAUCGUUCUUCCUGCGGUGUUUGUCCUUAUCGCUCUCCUCUUCAGUCUUAUUGUCCCACCCUUUGGGAAAUAUCCACCUCUGGAGCUCCAGCCAUGGAUGUAUGGAGAGCAGUUCACCUUCUUCAGCAAUGAUGCCCCGCAGGAUCCAGCCAUACAGAACCUCCUGGAUGCCUUGUUGAAUCCGCCUGGGUUUGGGACCAAAUGUAUGGAGCCGAGCGGAGACACUGACUGUUUACAGGAAGCUGAAACAAAGUUUGUUCGGCCACAGAUUCCCUACAGCAUGUGGCAGCUCCUUCAUAAAGGCAACUGGACUGUAGAGAAGCCGUCCCCCGACUGUGAGUGUAGUACUGAGGAUAUCCGCAGGAUGCUUCCGGACUGCCCCGAGGGAGCAGGGGGAAUCCCUCCUCCCCAGAUGAAAUCAAUGACAGGUGAUUUCCUGCAAAAUUUGACUGGUCGCAACAUUUCUGACUACCUCAUCAAAACAUAUCCCCAGAUUCUGAAGAAAAGUUUGAAGACGAAAAAAUGGGUAAAUGAAUUUAGAUACGGCGGGUUCUCUCUUGGAGCUAAAAGCUCUCAGGCUGGGGAUGAGUCAUAUUACUUAGAAGAGUCUGUUUUGGCGAUUAGAAGACGCUACAACAUUGCAGAGAAUGGCUCUUUAGAUCAGCUCCUUCACAGACUACCAGAUAUCCUUACGGGACUCACCAGCCAAAAUAACGUGAAGGUCUGGUUUAAUAAUAAAGGAUGGCAUGCCAUGGCGUCAUUUGUGAAUAUCAUGAACAAUGCUCUUCUUCGUGCCAACCUGCCACCUGAUAUGGAAAGACGUAAAUAUGGAAUGACAGCCUACAAUCACCCACUCAACCUCACAAAGGAGCAGCUGACAGAGAUGGCCUUGAUGACCACCUCAGUGGACGUUCUGGUGUCCAUUUGUGUUAUUUUCGCCAUGUCGUUUGUUCCUGCCAGCUUUGUCCUUUUCCUUAUUGAAGAACGAGUCAGUAAAUCAAAACACCUCCAGUUUGUCAGUGGAGUGAAGCCCAUCCUGUACUGGACCACCAACUACGUAUGGGACAUGUUGAACUAUACAGUACCAGCCACUAUGGUGGUCCUCAUCUUUAUCAGCUUCCAGCAAGAGUCGUAUGUAUCUGAGAAGAAUCUGCCUGCACUGGUGCUCCUACUCUUGUUGUAUGGUUGGUCUAUCACCCCACUCAUGUACCCAGCCUCCUUCAUCUUCUCCGUCCCUAGCACUGCCUACGUGGUCCUCACCUCCAUCAACCUCUUCAUCGGCAUCAACGGCAGUGUCGCCACCUUUGUCCUGGAGCUCUUUAUUGAUGAGCAUUUGAACGAGGUUAACAGGAUCCUGAAGAAGGUCUUUCUGAUCUUCCCUCACUUCUGUCUGGGUCGAGGUCUCAUUGACAUGGCCAAGAACCAGGCCAUGGCAGACGCAUUUCAGCGGCUGGGAACCAAACAGAAUCUGGAGCCUUUAUCUUGGGAUUUUGUAGGGAAGAACCUGUUUGCCAUGGCGAUGGAAGGAAUAGUGUUUUUCAUCUUCACUGUUCUCCUGCAGUAUAAAUUCUUUGUUAAUUUUAGGUACGUUGAAUGUUUGAACAUUGUGAUAUUCGGUACAGCUGUGUCAUUUUUCCUAGUAAUGAAAUGUUUUCCCUUCAGCCGAUGGUCUGGCUUUGUGCUGCCCCCCCUGGGCACGGAGGAUGAGGAUGUGGCGAGAGAGCGUGAUCGUGUGAAGAGCGGUAGAGCUGUGGGAGACGUUCUCAUCCUCAAAGACCUUAGCAAGGUAUACCAGGCAGGCAGGAAGCCGGCAGUGAAUCGGCUUUGCUUGGGCAUUCCUCGUGGAGAGUGUUUUGGGCUUCUUGGAGUUAACGGGGCUGGGAAAACCUCAACCUUCCGCAUGCUAACUGGAGACACCCGCGUCACUUAUGGAGAAGCAUUUCUUAGCAACCACAGUGUUAUUACAGAAAUGGAGAAGGUUCAUCAGCUGAUGGGCUACUGUCCUCAGUUUGACGCCAUCAGUGACUUGCUGACAGGACGAGAGCACCUACAGUUCUAUGCUCGCCUCAGAGGAGUGCCAGAGGCCCAUGUUGCAAAGGUGGCACAGUGGGGAGUGCAAAAGCUUGGUCUGAGCCAGUAUGCUGAGCGAGAGGCUGGGGGUUACAGCGGAGGAAACAAGCGCAAACUCUCCACCGCCAUUUCCCUCAUUGGAGCUGCACCUGUCAUCUUCUUGGAUGAGCCAACAACUGGAAUGGACCCAAAGGCCAAACGCUUCCUUUGGAACUGCAUCCUAAGUGUGAUCAAAGAGGGACGAUCUGUUGUUCUCACCUCCCACAGUAUGGAAGAGUGUGAGGCUCUCUGCACCCGAAUGGCCAUCAUGGUGAACGGCAGGUUCCAAUGUCUGGGUUCAGUUCAGCACCUGAAGAACAGGUUUGGAGACGGUUACACAAUAAUCCUUCGUUUGUCCACCCCAUCUACAGAACCAUGUCCAGUGGACGCCUUCAUCCAGAGCGCCUUCCCUGGCAUCCAGCUGAAGGAGAGACAUCAGAAUGUUCUCCAGUACCAGCUGCCAUCACAAGCCUGUUCACUCGCUUGUGUCUUUGAAGUUCUGUCAAACAGUUAUGAGGAGCUGGGAAUAGCUGACUAUUCAGUGUCACAGACUACACUGGAUCAAGUGUUUGUUAACUUUGCUAAAGAGCAGACAGAUGAUGAUGACCUCAGGGAAGUCACGGUAAACGGUGGAGGAUCCGUGGCGAUUCGAGCCAGCAGACCUCAGCGGCCCACAGACCUCAAACUGGAGAAAUCCAGCAGGUCUUCCACACCACACUCUUCUUCAGCUCUCUCUGCAGAUCAAGCUAAUCACUCAGUACACACUCCUGAGUCUGUACUUACUGGUUCAAAAACCAAAAAGAGCAAAUCAAACAGUCCGUCAGUCUCAAGACAGCAACAGCAGAUCCGGAUGGAACCUGUUGGCGAGGCAGCUAAUGGAUCUAACCCCCACGAGGACCAGACACCUGGGAAAAAAGACCCAUCCACGUUGUUUAUUGUCAGUACCAAAAUGCAGGAAAGCAAAAUGUAAAAAGACAAAGACAUUUUUAACUGAACAGCAAAUGAAAAUUUUGGUGCCUUGUUCAAUUGUAGUUUUCAAAAAUGAAAUGCAAUUAUUUUAAAAACAAUCAACUAAUCAUUCAGAUUGGCUCUCCUGGUUAUUCCUCAUUGAUUGUAUGGGAAGACCUUACUCUGAAACUUGAAGAUAACGCAUGGCAUCAUGUAUGUGUUUUGGAAAUCUUUCCCAGACCUCUUUAGUGCAUAAAUUAUGCACAUUUUCAGUUGAUGUCACUUUGUGCAACCCAAAUUUGGAUAUAAUUUUUUUUCUGAAUAAUAGUACAUUAUAACAAACUUCUUUUUUUCUACAUGUAUGUCAAGGUCAACUGUGCAGUGCAGAGAUAAUAUCAGACACAAAAAACUGCCUUCAUGUAUUUUUAUUAUUUCCUGAUUUUUUUUUUUUUUUUAUGGAUUUAGGUUUAUUUGUCUUAUUAUUUGUUUUUUCAGAUGCACUUUAGCUUAAGACAAUUCUAAUAUUGUAGUCUGGAUUAUCUCUGCCUCUCUUCACUGCAAUGAUUGUUACAAUGCUUGAUAUGUAGCUCUUUUUUUAUGUAGUAUUUAUUGUAUGUAAAUACUGGAAAUAUUAUGUAGGAAGGUAUGUGCAUGAUGCUGGAUGUUAAAAUGCUGGAAUAUUUAUAUUUAAAUAUCUAUAUAUGUGUUAUACAUAUACAUUUAUUUAUUUAUAUAUACAUAUACAUAUAUAAAUAUGUAUCAAUAAAAAUCUAGGUACUGUGA